AUGCCACCUCGCGAGUCGCUAGAAACUGAACCUCUCAUUGAUGAAGAAACACGCAAUAAUGGGCCAUUUGCGUUUAAUGUUGAGCAAUUACAGAAUUUGAUCGAUCCCAAAAAUUUAGAUUUGCUUCAGACUUACGGUGGUCCCGAAAAAAUUCUUGAUGGUUUGAGGGUCAAUCGUGAUGAUGGUCUAGACCCCGAUGAAGGUAUAGAUCCCACAUCUUCGAAACUGCAAAUUCCUUUUCAAGAAAGACGAAAACAUUUUGGAAAAAAUAUUUUGCCAAAAGUUGACCAACAAUCAUUUUUCUAUUUGGUUUGGGACGCUUAUUGUGAUAGAACCUUAAUUUUAUUAAGUGUUGCUGCUCUCAUUUCUCUCGCUCUUGGUAUUGGUGAUGAUUUAUCAUCAGAUGAUUCUGAUGGUCUUGGUUGGAUUGAAGGCACUGCAAUCCUUGUUGCUGUUGUCGUUGUAGUUCUUACGAACGCGAUAAACAAUUAUCAAAAGGAAAAGCAGUUUAGAAAACUUAACGAUAAAAAGGAGGAUCGUAACGUCAAGCUUAUUCGAAAGGGUAAAGAGCACCAAAUUUCAGUUUAUGAAAUUAAUGCUGGCGACAUAAUGCUUCUUGAACCUGGUGACAUAGUUGCUGUUGAUGGUAUAUAUUUGGAAGGUCACAAUCUCACUUGUGAUGAAUCUAGUGCUACUGGUGAAUCUGAUGCCAUAAAAAAAGGCGAUAAUGAUCCUUUCAUAUUGAGUGGAUCAAAGGUUACAGAAGGUGUUGGUAAAGUAGUUGUUAUUGCUGUUGGCGUACAUUCUUACUUUGGGAAAACUAUGAUGGCAUUACGUCAUCAUGGAAAUGAUGAAACACCACUUCAAAUGAAGUUGGAUUUUGUUGCCGAACAAAUAGCGAAAUUAGGCGUUUCUAUUGCAUUAAUUAUGUUGAUUACACUAACUAUUAAAUAUUUUAUUAAUGCGGCUCUUUCUGACGAUUUUCCUGACUUGGAAGAGAUAGCGGUCGCUAUGGUUUCUAUUGUUAUCCAAACAAUUACUAUUAUUGUUGUUGCUGUGCCCGAGGGUUUGCCCAUGGCUGUGACACUCGCGCUUGCUUACGCAACCACCAAGAUGUUGAAAGAUAAUAACUUGGUCCGGGUUUUAUCCGCCUGUGAAACUAUGGGAAAUGCGACUGCAGUAUGUUCGGAUAAGACCGGUACAUUAACUCAAAACAAAAUGACUGUGGUGGCAGGGCUUCUCGGUCAGGAAACAUUCGAGGAUUUCAAUGAUAUUCCACAAUGGAAAGAAAAGAUUUCUCAGAUUACAUAUGAUAUUAUUACACAGGGUAUAGUUGUUAAUUCUACAGCAUUCGAAGACAAAGAUGAAAAAGGCCAAUUGAAUUUUGUUGGUUCUAAAACUGAAUGUGCUUUGCUUGCAUUCUGCAAAGAUUUCGGAGUAGACUACAGAGAGUUAAAAUCUCAAGCUAAGCAAGUAAAAGUCUACCCUUUUGCAUCAAGUAGAAAAAGCAUGACUAUAAUUAUUAGAUUGCCCUCAGCUGGUACUUCUCAUAGCAAAGCUUCUGAUAAUGUAUUUCGUAUUUAUGUUAAAGGCGCAUCUGAGAUUGUUUUUGGAGGUUGUACACAAUAUAUCAAUGCUGAUGGCAAAGUGCAUAAAUUGGAUGAUAAAACUAAACCUCAAUUUGAAAACACUAUUACUGAAUAUGCAAAAAAGGCUUUACGUACAAUUUGUUUGGCAUAUCGUGACAUAACUGCUAGUGAACUUAAUCAUAUUGAUGAUGAAAAUCCACCUUUAAGAGAUCUUAUUUGUUUAGGUAUAGUUGGUAUUCAGGAUCCUUUACGUCCUGGUGUUAUAGAAUCUGUUGAAACUUUUAGAAAGGCUGGUGUCACUGUUAGGAUGAUUACUGGUGAUAACUUAUUAACCGCAAAGGCAAUCGCAGAGAACGCUGGCAUUUAUACUAAAGGAAUUGCUAUAACCGGACCUGAAUUUCGUGCUAAAUCAAAAGAAGAACAACUCAGAAUAUUACCUCGAUUACAAGUACUUGCACGUUCUUCACCGACGGAUAAGACUAUCGUAGUUUCUCUUCUUAAAGAAACUGGUGAAAUUGUUGCUGUUACUGGCGAUGGUACUAAUGAUGGUCCAGCUUUAAAAUUGGCAGAUAUUGGUUUCAGUAUGGGAAUUGCCGGUACUGAGGUUGCAAAGGAAGCAUCUUCCAUUAUUUUAAUGGAUGAUAACUUCAAUUCCAUUGUCAAAGCGUUGAGAUGGGGUCGUGCUGUUAAUGAUAGUGUACGCAAAUUUUUACAAUUUCAGCUCACUGUUAAUAUUGCUGCAGUUGUGAUAUCUUUUAUUAGUGCUGUUACAAGUGAUGAUAACGAAUCCAUCUUAACAGCAGUACAGUUGCUUUGGAUUAAUCUCAUUAUGGAUACGUUGGCUGCGCUUGCUUUGGCGACCGAGCCUCCAACGGAUGAACUUUUAUCUCGUUUACCUACUUUAAAAAAUGCAUCAUUAAUUAAUUAUCGUAUGUGGAAAAUGAUUCUUGGGCAAGCGAUCUUCCAAAUAACAGUUAACUUGACCUUAUUACAUAUGGGACCAGCGAUUUUUCAUCUUCACAUGGAUAAACCUCAUGACAAAGCCGUAUUUCGUACCUUGGUUUUCAAUACUUUUGUCUUUCUCCAGAUAUUCAAUGAGAUCAAUUGUCGUCGUAUUGAUGAUAAUUUGAAUGUUUUUUAUGAUUUCUUUCACAAUUAUAUAUUCAUAAUUAUUCAAGUCAUUGUUAUAAUUGGACAAAUUUUUAUCAUUCAAUACGGAGGUAUUGCCUUUGGAACAACAGAACUCACCUGGUAUCAAUGGCUUGUGACUAUUUUAAUUGGGUCACUUUCUAUACCCGUUGGUGUGAUUAUUAGGCUUAUUCCUAAUACCUGUAUACCUGAUAGUAUUCUUAACGAGCAUUACAAACCAAAAGUCACUAAAGAGAAGAUGUUAUGGGAACAUGCAGGUCACGAUAUAAUGUCUGAAAUUAAGGUAGCCAAUGCACUAAAAAUAUUCGCUGCAGUGAGGAAACCAAAACAAAAACGACCUAGUAGCCACGUGAAGAGUAAUUGA